UCAUUCUUGAUUUUCAUUCGUUCCGUUCACGUCUCAAAACGAAACGAAAUGCUGUUGAGGGACUUUUAUUCAUUUUAAUAAUUUCUAUGAAUUAUCAAUAACAAACCUUUUCAAAAAUGUCUCGUGCUUUGCCCUUGCUAACUGUGAUAUCUAUAAUAUUUUUUUCAAUAUCUUACGUUUCUGGAGAAUGCACAAUUCCAAUAGUUUUGCGGAACACUUGGUUUUCUUUUGAGAAUGGCAAGCAAACCAUCACUGAUAUCAACGCGAGCGACAUGACUGGCAGAGGUGUAUGCGUAAAUAUAAAGGCAGAUUACCAUGUGAACUACACAAUGGUGUUCCGUUACACCAACUGCUACUACUGCGUGAAGUUGAUAGUUCGCACCGUGAAUGUAUUGGAGAAGACAGAGACACCAUGUGUGGACCUUGGUCCAGACGAAGAACCGACAGUUGAGCGUGUUUGCCGUGGCCUCCGACCUGACCAGCACCUUAUUACAUUGUUCUCUGAAAAUUCUGUUCCGGUCAACUGCAGAUCCUCUCUGGAAGGUGUGUGGCAGUUUGCAUAUCAAAACCGGUUCCGGUUUACUGGAGAGUGCAACAAUCCAGAUGCUCAGAUCAAGUCCUGUCAGACAGCUGGUACUCAGUUUUUGAUCACCAACCAGAAGUUCAACAUUACAUAUAGAAAAUGUCCGGGCAUGUCAGGCACUUUUGAUGGCACUGUGGAGUACAGCUGUUUGGGACAUUGGUUUGUGGACAAGAACCACUUCUUUGCCGUUGCUAAUACAAAGGAGUCUCGUAAAGAUGAGAGGUACCGCUGCUUCCUAAAGAACAGAGAUGAUGAUCUAUAUAUUGGAGCAUCCAUCACACCAGAAUGCAACACUUUGAAGACUGUGGAAAAGUCACCAGAGAGAUACCGAGUUACCCCUGUUAAGGCUGAAGUUGUGGAACCAGGUUGCAGAUUACCGAAAAAUUUCUCCGGUGACUGGAUUAACACGGCUAAUAUCGACGCCGACGUAUUUAUCAAUGAAACUCAUAUUAUUGAGACAUAUUACCCAGAUGAAGGAAGAUUUAGGAGGACUAUUUAUGUGUGCAGAGAACAGCGUGAUAGCAGAGUGAUGAUGGCUCGCCUCACAGUUGAUGGUUGUCAGAAGGAUUAUGUCUGCUUUGAUUUCGUACCACAACAUCACAAUGUUAUUAGAUUCCGGAAAGGCCUGGCUAUGAUACAAAGUAACUUCCACACAGUAUGUUCAUGGGUACAGUUUCCAAACAAAAAUCAAUGGCGAUACGAUAUAUUCUUAAAGAAAGAUCCAUCCCCAAUCAGAUGUCCCGUUGCAGGGAAAUUCAAUUUUACUCAAAAAGGAGACGUUAGGUUCGAGACUAGAAUCCUUGGAGGUGUCACACUCAGUCCUAGACCAAAUUUGUACUGUAAACUGAAUAUCAGUGAUUUCUCUGUGUGUGAUACGGAUCAGAAAACUAUACAAAUCAAGGAGAACUACUGCCUGUCUGUGGAUUAUUUGGGCAGACCAGUUGAUAUUUACAGUGACCCUGACUACAGGAUGAAGUGUAUUGGGUAUUGGAAGGAGAAUUUGAAGUCAUAUUUGAUUACUUAUGAUGAGUUGGACCCCUUCUCUAAGUACAGAUGCUGGGUUUAUCAGAGAGCUGAUCUCAAUAGAGUUCUAAUGUCGCAAGCGUUAGGUCCAUACUGCGAUCUCAAGCAGGAUGUGACUUCAUGGAACUACACGGAAGGCGCAGCAGUCGCCGUCGAGAUGGAAGAAUACGAGAGAGAGCGCGACCAAUGUCCUAUGCACUUUGACGAUGGCAGCGACCCCUGGUCUACUAAGGAAAACUACAUCAAAGUAUUCUCUUUCAGCUACUCCUUUUGGAGAAACACUAACGGGGCACCCAUACUAGGUAUAAGCAUCACAACUAUAGCUUUAGUGGUUUUGACGACUGUAUUGUAGACGUAGACCACAAGAGUAGAUGUAGACUGAUUGUAGAUGUGAUAAGUUGACAUAAGCCUGGUGUACACUGACAUAAUGCCAUGACAAAGGAUUUUAUUUUUGAUAUAAUAUACCUAAAAUUCGUACCUAGUUUUACGUCCGUGUAUAGAAGAAAGACCGUCCCAGAUUUACCGCGUAAGUGGGAGUGAGGAAUACACCGCGCGCGCUCCCCCUUAUUUCUUAGCGGUUUACUACAUUUAACCUAAUGUAAGAUCUAGAGAGGGUGAGCUAAAUCUAGCUCGGAUACGAAUUGGUGCGGGGCGGAGUUACCGUUUUAUAUUCUAUGGUAAGAGUAAGAUGCUUCGUCAUCACUCGUAGGCAGCGUUACAUCUAAUAAUUUUUAUGUUCUGAAAAAGGCAUGCUGAAAGUCUAGAAGAUAUAGCUUCGUCAUGAUAAACAAUAUUUUGCCAUAUCGUGCCGAAGUACGCCAGACGAAAAUCUAGGUAGAUUCUAGGCCAGUCUAGGUCGAUUUGACGUAACAUUAUUAGAAUGACAACAGGACAGAGAUAUAAUAAAAAGAAGAAAAGAGAAAAGAUGUGGGAUAUGUUUCUUUCUUUUUUUAUACAGGUUAGUACGAAAGAGACAAGAGUUAUGGCACUCCAAUCAUGCUACAAUAAAUAGGGUGUAGGAACAAAAGCACCAGGUUAAAACAUUGAUCACAUUUUAUUGAUUUUAGUCAGUGCAAGCAAUAAGAUGGAAACAAGACGAGAGAUUAGAAAAUAAGAAUCAAGUGAAAGUUAUCCAGUCAUACCUAUCUUGUAAUACUAAAAUAAAAAAGUGCUGAUCUUCUUUAAAGCUAUUAUAAUAUAUUUUAGGGACACAUUCUCCAAAAGCUAUUGUAUAUUUUAUUUUUUAUGUUCAACUUUUUAUAUCACUCUUUUAGUUAAUAUAUUUCUUUUUAUUUGUACUAUAAAUGUACCUCAUUUUUUAUGGUUACUGAAUCUCAAAUAUUAUUUUAAUCUUUUAAUGCCUAAGUGCCUUAUACUUACUUUCAUAUACAAUAUUUAACUUGUAAAUGUAGGUAAAUAUUAUAAUUACUUACUUAAUUAGAAAUAAACACAAAACUAUUUUAAUAUGACACAAGGUUGUAGCCUAUUAUGUUAAUACAGCUAUUUUAAAUCUACAAAAUUUAUUUCUGCAAAAGUCAAUUUUAUAUUAGUAAGUACCUACUUAUAGUUUAGUGUAAUGCAACAUAUGAUUCCACAUGAAUCCGUCCUUUUUUUAUAUAAUUUUUACAUGUUUGUGUUCAAUUUAUUGAUUAUAAAUAUAAAAUUUUCGAAUAUACUAAA